UACUCUGUUAUAAACAUAACAAUAACAAAUAUUUAUAUAUAUGAAUAUGAGAAUGAGAAGUAGAACAAGUUGUAGGUUUAUGUUACUUGUUUGUUUUUUGAUGUGUCAAUUGGCAAACGUUGUUGUUUGUGAGUGUAACAAAAAUAUGGUAAUUUUCAAUUUUGGAGAUUCAAAUUCAGACACAGGUGGUUAUCCAGCUGCUCAUGGAAUUAGAUUUGGAUAUCCAGAUGGUCGUGCCUUUUUUCAUCAGCCAUCUGAUAGAUUGUGUGAUGGACGAUUGAUUCUUGACUUCCUUUGUGAAAAUCUGAAUAUGAGCUAUCUGACUCCAUAUCUGGAAUCUGUAAGGCCUAAUUUUAAGAAUGGGGUAAAUUUUGCAAUUGGAGGUGCAACUAUACUCCCCAAAAAUGUUUUAUUUAGUCUGAGUACUCAAGUUCUUCAAUUUGUAAGGUUUCUUCAGUUACAAUCCAAAGGUUCGGAAGAGUUGGUUGAUAAAGUAGAUUUGAAGAAGGCAAUAUACAUGAUAGAUAUAGGACAAAAUGAUCUUGCUGGUGCAUUCACUUACCUUUCACAAGCUUAUCAAGUUAUUGAAAAGAUCCCUUCUUUCAUAUCUGAAAUUCAAGAUGCAAUACUGGCCAAAAUUGGGUGUCAACACUCUAUAUACAAACAUGGAGGGAAGAAUUUCUGGAUUCAUAACACAGGACCGUUAGGUUGUUUGCCACAAAAGGUUGCCACAAGAAAUGUAAGUAACUUGAACGAUAUUGAUGAUCAUGGAUGUGUUAAGUCUAUGAACGAAGCUGCACAAGCAUUUAACAAUCAAUUGAGAGCUCUUUGUGAACAAUUGAGGCUCCAAAUGAAGGACACAACCAUUGUGUAUGUUGAUAUGUAUGCCAUCAAGUACGACCUCAUCGCCAAUUCAAGCACUUAUGGUAUUCAAAAUCCAUUGAUGGUGUGUUGUGGUUAUGGUGGUCCGCCUUAUAACUAUAAUCCCAACAUAACUUGUCGCCAAAGUGGUUGUACUCUGUGCGAGGAAAGUGGUGCAUAUGUCAGCUGGGAUGGAGUUCACUACACUGAGUUUGCUAAUUCAAUUUUUGCUUCCAAAAUACUCUCUACAAAUUAUUCUACUCCACCUCUAGACUUGCAUCACUUUUGUACCUAGAAAUUCAUUACCACUCCUAUGUUUUCUUAUGUACUCACUA